CAACAAUCAUUCUUAAAUAAUAAUUGACAGUGCACCGUUUACAUUGUAGCUCGCGGAUUUGUGCGCAAUUCAUUUUCUACGAAAUUGAUUCAAUGCUAAAUGAAAAACAUCGUAAAUUAACGAUAGCACGCAUUUAUGGAGUAACAACGUCUGAGAAAAGGAUAUUUCCUGGUGGAUUGUAAUCAGAAAAUUAAGCCAAAAACACUGAAUUUAUUUUUGAAUCAAUAAUGAAAUGGGACGAUUUUGGCGCUGGCUGCAUUGGCGGAGCGUGUGGCGUACUCAUCGGUCAUCCCUUAGACACCAUUAAAACAUGGCAACAAGCUUCAAAUUCAUCAGUACCAAGUGCCAUACGACAAAUUUAUAAUAGGAACAAUGGGUUAAAUGGAUUUUACAGAGGAAUGCUCUUCCCAUUUGUCACAACCGGUGCGAUUAAUUCCAUACUCUUUGGUAUAUACGGCAAUCAUCUGAGACAAUUGCGACGGGUUUGCCAUAGUGACUACCAACGCGAACAGUUGGAGUAUCAGAAUAUGUUCAUUGCCGGAUCUGUAGCUGGUUUUUUUCAAUCCUUCAUUGCGUGCCCCAUAGAGUUGAUCAAAGUGAGACUUCAAACACAUUGCUAUUAUAAUGAGUAUAUUUUCGGACAAAGAGGAACUCCAUGGGGAGUUUUUAAGAAAGUAAUUAAAGUGGAUGGAGUUUCAGGGCUAUACCGAGGCCUACUACCAAUGAUGUGUCGCGAUGUGUUUCCCUAUGGUAUUUACAUGAUGGUAUAUCGCCAAACUGUUGACUUCUUGGAAACUACGCCGUUAGUCCGCAAACGACGCAGUAAACCUGAAAACGGAAAUGUGGAUUUUCUGGUAACGACGUUGGCAGGUGCAUGGGCUGGAAUUUUAUCUUGGGUUUGUGUGAUUCCAUUUGAUGUUGUUAAGACUAUAAUGCAAGCUGAGAGCAAUAAGCAAUACCGCAAUAUAAAACAUUGUUUAGUGAAAAAUUUUAAGUUGUAUGGCUGGCGUCGUUUAUUCCGUGGGAGUUGGAUGCUGGUGGUGCGGGCGAUGCCGGUAAAUGCAGCAACAUUUUUAGGUUAUGAAUAUGCCUUGGAAUGGUUCCACAAAUGGAAUGGCUCAUAUAUAUGAGGUUCAAAGAAAAACUAAGAAAACCCUCACAAAAAGGUCUUAAACAAUUUCCACUCUAUAAACUUCGAAUGAAUAAAAAAUUUUAUCGUUACACGAAAACAAAGUGCAUCAAUCCAUAAUUAUGAUAAAACUAAACUAAUUAUGAAACAACUCACAAAAUUUAUUUGCAAGAAAUAGUUAAUUAUUUUUUUAUUUUUUAAUAAUAUUUAUUCUUCUAACAUAUAAUACAUACGU